UGUAGCGCUUUUAGGAAUGGGUCCGAAACAUAUUUAGUUAGUCAAGACAGUUACGGAGAAGAGUUGAAAACACCUGGUGAUCUCUUGGACAAUCCGCUCCAUAUCUCAUUUAAGUGUCGAAAGAUAAUCUACCUCGAAUCUUGAUUUUUGUUGAGUUUUGUGUUAUUUCUCUGAAGCCUCUCCAGUUGUAAAUCUCAUAUUGUUUUUAUAGAAAUACUUUUAAAUAUCGUAACUAGGUGAUAAGGAAACAUUGCACUAUAAUUUGGAUUGUUUCUAUUCUACUAUUUUGCACUAAAAUAUUGGUGAAGAUGCACACCACGCAGAAGGACACGACCUACACGAAGAUUUUUGUCGGGGGUCUUCCGUAUCACACCACGGAUUCCAGUCUCAGGAAAUAUUUUGAAGUGUUCGGAGAAAUUGAAGAGGCUGUCGUGAUUACCGAUCGACAGACCGGCAAAUCCAGGGGGUAUGGAUUUGUGACGAUGGCUGACCGCUCAGCUGCAGACAGGGCCUGUAAAGAUCCGAACCCCAUCAUCGACGGCAGGAAAGCCAACGUCAACCUGGCGUACCUGGGGGCCAAGCCACGGGUGAUGCAGCCAGGUUUCACCUUUGGUGUUCCACAAAUUCAUCCUGCCUUUAUCCAAAGGCCUUAUGGGAUCCCUGCUCACUAUGUGUACCCUCAGGCCUUCAUGCAGCCAAGCACCAUGGUCAUCCCUCACGGCAUGCAGCCCAGUGCCGCCUCUGCCUCCACCGCCUCCUCCCCGUACAUCGACUACACCGGAGCAGCCUACGCUCAGUACUCCGCCGCCGCGGCUAGCGCUGCUGCCGCCGCAGCCUACGAGCAGUAUCCCUACGCCGCCUCCCCUGCGGCGGCCGGGUACCUAACCGCAGCCGGUUAUGGCUAUGUUCAGCAGCCCCUGGCUACGGCCGCACCGGGUUCAGCCGUCGCUGCAGCCGCAGCCUUCGGUCAGUACCAGCCUCAGCAACUGCAAGCUGACCGCAUGCAAUAGCAGCCACUGCAGCCAUUGGACACAACGGGAUGGGAGGCCCGCGGCCAGCCUCGGCUGAUUGGCUGUGAAGAGAAGAGAACAAUGAAGAGGAAGAGAGAGGGGCCGUGUUGUUAAGUGACAGAGUCGGUAAGAGGGUGAUGAUGAUGAUGAUGGUGAGGUGGUAACUCCAUACAGUAGCUUUCCAACUUGCUGUGUUUAAACCAAAAAAGAAAAACUUUAUAAAUUCACAAAACAAAGUAAGGAAAGUGGAUUUAUCCUUAUGAUUAUUAUUGUUGUUAUUAAUAUAAUUAUUACUAUAAUUAUAAUUGUAGUAGAGUAUUUAUUUCUAGAGGAGAAAUGCAACAACUAAUCACAGUGGUUGUAGCUUGGUGUAAAACAUGACUUUAUGUUCCAUUGCUGUCAUUAACAUAGGAGAGAGAGAGCGUUCUCUUUAUGGGACACUUAGACGUGUCCCGAAGUGCCCUUGCAACCUAUAUUUACUAUCACAUUUCGAGGGCUCUUGCCUUCUGUCUUUUCAAGUGCAUUGAAGUAAAUUUUCUGAUAAUCAGGGAAAUGUAUCAGUUUCCAGUGUGUUAGUAAAGACAACCUCUGCAUGUCAGGGAGUAGUUGAAAUAACUGUGGAGAAAAGGAGAAGAUUUGUAGCUUGUGUCACACGUUAAGAACUACCUUUUUAACUUCCUGAUGCUGAAUGUCCCUUUUUUGACUCUGAAUCUUGACCUCUUGACCUAUGCAAAGCAAACAGUUCACCAGGAGACAAAAAAACUGCAGGAAUAACCGAAAAUGCCGUCAACUCUUCAAAGGGCAUGACAAACAAUAUGAAGGCAACUCACAGACAGAGAAAGAAACGGAUGUUUUCAGACAAUGAGCAGCACCAAAUCAGUUAGUCUCAAACACAUACGCAUGGCUGCAUGCAAACACACACACACACACACACACACACACACACACACACACACACACACACACACACACACACACACACACACACACACACACACACACACACACACACACACACACACACACACACACACACACACACACACACAUGCAUACACAGUUGCGUACAUAGUGGUAAAGGACAAUGGGCCCAGUCGUGCUCUCUGGCUCUGUGCAAUGAGAUCUAGUCAGAGAGAAAGAGAGAGGGAGGGAAAGGGAGAGAGAGAGGGAGCAGCUGGGGAGGGGGCUGGCGCAGUUCGCCCAGCGCCACACAGACGGAUCACUCUGGAAAUAACGCAUCACUUGUCCUCAUUUGUUGAGCUGUCACAUUUUAAUCCCGGGGCCCAUUUGGGAACUGUCUCUCCUCUGUCCUGCCUGCCUGCCUGGCCCUGUCAGCACUUCCACCUCUGUCCUCUAUCCUCUGUCCUCUGUCCUAGAGCCGACCGGCUGGGCUGGUGUCAGGUACACACACACUUCCCUCCUACGCUAACCCUCACCAAUCCCCUGGCCCUGUACCCACUCCUCACAGCCUAACCAACCCCCUGGCCCUGUACCCACUCCUCACAGCCUAACCAACCCCCUGGCCCUGUACCCACUCCUCACAGCCUAACCAACCCCCUGGCCCUGUACCCACUCCUCAUAGCCUCACCAAUCCCCUGGCCCUGUACCCACUCCUCACAGCCUAACCAACCCCCUGGCCCUGUACCCACUCCUCAUAGCCUCACCAAUCCCCUGGCCCUAUACCCACUCCUCACAGCCUCACCAACCCCCUGGCCCUGGCCCUGUACCCUGGGGUGGUGAUGGGGGAUGUAGAGA